GAGGGCUCUGGAAGGCCAUCGGCUUUGUGAUUGGCUGCCGAUAGAGGAGGCUGCCAUGACACAGUGGAUGCUGCACAGGAUCACUUCAGCAGCAUCAUUGCACAGUGAAUCCACAUCCUCCUUGCUGUUCCCCUCUCGUGUUCAUUUUCCUCCACCUUUUCCUCCCCUCUUCUCACCGCCACUCUUUCUCCCCCCCUGUCAUCCUCUCUCAGGCACACUGCGGAGGACCUUCACACGGCGUCAGGAAUAUAGCAGCCACGGCAGCUGCCUGCCUUCUGACAUGCCUAUUCUUUAUCUUCAUCACCAGCAAUCACAUUCAUUUGUCCACUCCCCUACCUGCCAAUUUUUUCUCCUCGAUCCUUUCUUCCACUGUUUUCCACAUUCCGGCAUCCUUAAACUUCACCCCUCAAGCUCAUUAUCCAUCUCCAUCUGCUCGCUACUACCUUUCCCAUUUCCCCCUGGCCUGCUGGUUACCCAGGAUGCCUUGUUCCAGGCCCCAACGCUAGGCCUUAGCAGCAUGGGCGGAGCCUGGGUGGGAAGCGAGAGAACGGAUCGGACCCUUCCCCUCAGGACGGGCACGCUGGCGGGUCACCCUCCUUCAGCUUCAGAUGGGCGAGGACGCUGAGAGCCCCAAGAUCAACCACACCUUCCUACGAGACUAUGUCACUGAAGCUGAUGUCAUCUCCACGGUGGAGUUCAACCAGACAGGCGACCUACUGGCCACGGGGGAUAAAGGAGGCCGAGUGGUCAUCUUCCAAAGAGAAACAGAGUCUAAAGGGGAGUCCGAGGAGGUGUUGGAGACUGGGGACUCGGGGGAGUAUAAUGUAUACAGCACCUUCCAGAGCCACGAGCCAGACUUUGAUUACCUGAAGAGUCUGGAGAUUGAAGAGAAAAUCAACAAGAUUAAAUGGCUGUCACAACAGAAUGCUGCACAUUUUCUCCUCUCCACCAACGAUAAGACCAUUAAACUGUGGAAGGUGAGUGAAAGAGACAAGAGACCAGAGGGAUAUAAUUUGAAAGAUGAGGAGGGCCGCCUCAAGGACAUCUCCACCAUCACCUCCCUGCAGGUGCCAGUACUGAAACCCACAGAUCUGAUGGUCGAGGUCCGCCCCAGACGAGUGUUCUCCAAUGGUCAUACCUAUCAUGUCAACUCCAUUUCGGUCAACAGUGAUGGGGAAACCUACCUGUCAGCUGAUGACCUGCGUAUCAAUAUGUGGCAUCUGGGCAUCACUGACCGCAGCUUCAACAUCGUGGACAUAAAGCCAGCCAACAUGGAGGAUCUCACAGAGGUGAUAACGGCAGCAGAGUUCCACCCUCAACACUGUCACCUGUUUGUGUACAGCAGUAGCAAGGGCACCCUGCGCCUCUGUGACAUGAGGUCUUCAGCGCUUUGUGACAAACACACGAAAUUGUUUGAAGAACCGGAAGAUCCAGGGAGCCGCUCCUUCUUUUCCGAAAUCAUCUCCUCUGUGUCAGAUGUCAAGUUCAGCCACAAUGGACGCUACCUGCUGACCAGAGACUACCUCACCGCCAAGGUGUGGGACUUGAACAUGGACAAAGGCCCUGUGGAGACAUAUCAGGUCCACGAAUACUUAAGGAGUAAGCUGUGCUCACUCUAUGAGAACGACUGCAUCUUUGACAAGUUUGAGUGUGUUUGGAACAGUUCAGACAGCGUAAUCAUGACGGGGGCAUACAACAGCUUCUUCCAGAUGUUUGACAGGGAGACGGGAAGGGGUGUGACCCUUGAGGCCUGGCGGGAGAGCAGCAAGCCACGGGCUGUCUUACGUACCCGCCGGGUUUACACGGGAGGAAAACGUCGCCGCGGAGAUGUAGGCGUCGAUAGCUUGGACUUCAGCAAGAAGAUCCUACACAUGGCCUGGCAUCCGUCAGAGAAUAUCAUCGCUAUAGCAGCAACCAACAACCUGUACAUUUUCCAGGACCGGGUCAACCCGGAGGCAGAGUGACAGGGAUGGGCAACGACGUGAAUAACGGACAAACAUUUUAGUUUGCAUCAGUUGUCACAAAUGCACAGUGAGAAUGGAGGAAUAAACAAUGAACGAUGACAUUCAUUUAAUCCCCGAUCAAUUGUGUGUCUCCUGCCCAUCCAGUACAAUUUUUGGUAAUCGAGGUGCAGGGACAUCUCUCCAUCUACAAGGACCACGAAAUGUUGACUCCUCUCUGCUGUGCUCUACAUGCGUUUGCCAAGACUGGACUAAGUCUGUGUUGGGUAGCAGCACAGCAAGAUUGUUUGAUACUUCGAAAUGAUGGCUAAAAGUGGUGUUGACGUGCCACAAGUAUAACAUCGUGGUAGUGGUGAUCUUGUGGUGACCACAAUAACCGGAAUUUAUUCAUUUUUUUUUUUUUUUUUAAGUUUGGUGACAAUUGCAGCAGAAUCUCUCUUCUUGAAGAGCAGCGCUCUUAAACGAGAUUGCAAGCAAAAAGUGACCCGUCAUCUUGUCCGCCCGUGUUGCAAUAAUAGCAAUUCAAAACACAAUGCGGCAGUAUUUCUGCUUUCAAAUCAUGAGUUCUUCUGCAGGUAACAAAUGUAUACACUUUUUACUGUAUGCUGUAAAUAGUGCGUGUUAUUUUUUAUGCCACUGCCACUUUUGUUUCUCAAGCGCUAAAUGUACGAAAUAGAUUGUUAAAUACAAGUGAACACGAACCUCGUUUAUAGAAGCAACUCAUUAUUCCAGAAGAAUACUUGAUGCAAUAGCUUUGAUAUGUGUUUUGCUGGUUAAACAAAGAAAGGGGUAGUAUGUACAAAUCACCAUUUGAAUUUAUUGUACAGAAUUGCUGUGCUGGGCUUGUGUUGAGUUUUAGAUUGCUGCUAUUUCAAAGUAUUCGCCUUGUGGGGGUGGGGGUAGUUAGGCAGACACCUCGUAUUUAAGGUCAAACUUGCCCACGUUCAGGCCGAUCAAAUGAAAAAUGGGCAUAAGUUGCUUUUUGUAACAAAUGUAGGUUCAAAUGCGAAUGUCAAGCGUACAAUCAUUGAAAUAGAGGAAUCUGAAUAAAUAAGCCCCAAGAGUCAUGAGGGUUCAUGUGCAUGAAGGUGAAAGGUCAUUAUGAAUGCCAUAGCUCAAACAUAAAACGUCAUGGAAAUGUAUCACUGGAAUGAAGGUUGUUUUCGUCGUCACACUUUUUACCUCACAGUGCCGCACGCUACGCUGGGGUGCACCGUUGAAAGCCACAAUGUACAGUAAGGUGUUGUAAUAAGGUGACGUGGACUGAACUGUGUGACCUGGUCACACAUUGAUUGUUUACAGUGAAGUGCUUUGUUUUUAAGUGACCUUGGUCCCACUGCAACUAAUGUAAGUGGUUCGGGAUGUGGGACGGUGUCAGUGCAGGGUUGGAAUGGAUCGUGUUUAAUAAUUGCUGCAAAAUGGGAGUUCGUUGUGUGAAACCAUGCAAAAAAACAAAACAAAAAAAAAAAACAUCUUUUGAACGUGACAUUUUCCUCACUCUUCACACAAUUGUUCACACACAUUUAAACGACAGUAUCCUUACUGGUAUCUGCGAAGUAUCUCGGGUGUAGAACUUGUACUAAAUGGUUUGGCAAAAUAUAAUCCAUCACCUAAAAGAAAAUGGUUUAUGUAAUCGAAAACAUUAUAUAAGUUUCAGGACUUAGCGCUCCAAUGGUGAGUUGAAACCAGUGUCACUUGUGAUUACAUCAUCAUAUACGACCCAAGAGAGGAUUUGUGUUCAGGGGUGCAGCAGCAGCAUGUUGCCACUACUCAAUUGUAUUAUCUAUAAUGCUUACAAAAAUGUUUAAAGAUUGAAGACAAAAAAAAUCUAAUGUGAAUGAUGGAAUGUGCAUUAAUAAAAUGACUCACUCUGA